AGAGCAUUGAUCUGCCCUGCUCAAAAGACAGGGGAAAAAUACCUUCUCAAAGAAAGCAAGACGGAGAUUAAAGACUCACUGCAGAGCAAAACAUUAGCAAGUUACUGACCAGCAUGGCACUCACUGCAGCAUGCUGCUUUGCACUUCAGUUCUGCAGCAUCCUUUUCUUUAUUUUUGCAGAAAUUGAUGCUGGUGAGAAGCAGGAAGACAGUCUGUACAUGUGGAUUGAUGCUCACCAAGCAAGAGUUUUAAUAGGGUUCGAAGAAGAUAUUUUGAUUGUUUCUGAAGGAAAAAUGGCUCCAUUUACUCAUGAUUUUAGAAAAGCACAGCAGAGGAUGCCAGCAAUACCUGUAAAUAUACAGGCUAUGAAUUUUACUUGGCAAGCAACUGGGCAGGCAGAAUACUUUUAUGAGUUCCUGUCACUACGUUCACUAGAUAAAGCAAUCAUGGCUGAUCCAACUGUCAAUGUACCACAGCUAGGAACUGUUCCACAUAAAGCUUCAGUUGUUCAAGUUGGAUUUCCAUGCCUUGGUAAUCAAGAUGGAGUUGCAGCUUUUGAAGUUAAUAUUAUUAUUAUGAAUUCGGAAGGCAAUGUAAUUCUCCAAACACCGCAAAAUGCUAUCUUUUUCAAGACAUGUCAACAAGCAAAAUGUCCUGGAGGAUGCAGGAAUGGAGGCUUCUGCAAUGACAGACAUGUUUGUGAAUGUCCAGAUGGCUUUUAUGGUCCACACUGUGAGAAAGCUCUCUGCAUGCCGCGGUGUAUCAAUGGUGGGCUCUGCGUAACGCCUGGAUUGUGUAUCUGUCCGCCUGGCUAUUAUGGCAUCAACUGUGAUAAAGCAAAUUGCACAGCAACCUGUCUCAAUGGGGGGACAUGCUUCUAUCCAGGAAAAUGCAUCUGUCUAUCUGGGUUUGAGGGUGAUCACUGUGAAACAAGUAAAUGCACCCAGUCAUGCAGAAAUGGAGGAAAAUGCAGUGGUAAAAACAAAUGCAAGUGUUCUAAGGGAUAUCAAGGAGAUCUUUGUUCUAAACCUGUAUGUGAACCAGCCUGUGGAUCACAUGGGACAUGCAUCGAACCUAAUAAAUGCCAAUGUAAAGAAGGAUGGAAUGGAAGAUACUGUAACAAACGGUAUGGAGCCAAUCUUAUGAACUCCUUGAGGCCAACAAGCACCAAAAAUAGACAGCACACUCCUUCACCCAAAAGAACUGAAGACAGACAUGUUCCACCCGAAUCCAAUUAUAUCUGGUGAAACUUCACAUCUGAAACCUUUUAAAUUACAUGAAGUUCACAGCCUUCAUUAACCUUUCAUGUGUUGAAUGUUAAAGUGCUGUUUUUCACAGUGUGGGAUAACUGGUCUACGUCUUAUUACCUUUAUUAUAAACCACUGAAAUUAUAUUAACUAUGCCUUUUAGGUUCUAUAAAUAUGUGUUUUGUAUUAUUAAAUAGAUUUCUCCUUUCAGUGGUUGUCACAAGUUAUUUAAUAUACGUUGGCUGUACAAUCCCUUUACAGAACUCUGAUUAGUUUAAGAAAUAAAUAUUAAAGACUUUUUGCUUUUGUGUAAAACGUAAAACUGUGCUUACACUACAUUCCCUAGAGAGGCAAAAAAGCUAAUUCUGUAACCUAGGGUUUUAUUUCAAAAUGCUGACAAUGAUGUCAAUUAGCUAUUUGAUUUGCAUCAUUUUGAAGAAAACCUAGCAUAUAGAAUUAGCUUUUUGGCCUCUAGGGAGAGUAGGACAAAAACAUUUUUUAUACUUUUAAGAGGUGUUUAAUGUACCUCCAGUGCAAUUGACUUAUAUCAGUUGAAAUUUCAUUAAAGUGUUGUUUAUAACAUCAAAGAUCUAUGGUCGUAUGUGUAGUGGCCCCAUCUGUGUAGUUUGUGAUCAUCAAUUUAACAACUUAAAGGGACAAGAUUUUUUUUUUCAUGAUUUAGACAGAGCAAUUUACUUCUAUUAUCAAAUUUUCUUCCAUCUCUUGGUAUCUUUUGUUGAAAAGCAGGGAAGUAAGCUCAUGAGCGUGCCUGUCUCUGGAGCACUAUAUGGUAGCAGUUUUGCAAGAAUGUUACUCUUUUGUAAGAGCACUAGGUGGUGCACUAUUUAAUGCCUUGAUAGUGCUCCAGACACCUACCUAUGUGUCUCUUCAACAAAGAAUACCAUGGAAACAAAGUAAAUAUGAAAAUAGAAGUAAAUCGAAAACUUUUUUAAAAUUGUAUGCUCUGUCUGAAUCACAAAAUAAAAAUGUUUGGGUUUCAUAUCCCUUUAAAGUUUCACUUUGCCAUUUUUUGCCAGUGCUGGAGAGUGCUUGAAUGCAUAAGAGUUCAAUUUGGUACAGGCAAAAUCAGCAUUGUAGGAGUUAAAGAAUAUUUUAUCUCAGUAAAAUAAUCAAAAGAGCAUAUUCUUAUUGGUAGUAGGGAUGGGCGAAUGUGUUUAUAUUCAAAUUCGAAUGUUAGAACGAAUGUUAUUGUAGAAAUUCGAUUUACAUAAUAGAAUGUUGAUAAGAACGAAUAUUCUUAAAAAUUCUAUUAUCAAAUGUUAUUUACAGUUUUCGAAUGUGACAUUCAAAUUCAAAUAUUACAUUUAUAAAACAGUUUUAGACUAGAAAUACUAUUUUGAAUAUCACAUUUGAAUUUGAAUAUUACAUUUAUAAAACACAGUAUUAGACUAGAAAUACUAUUUUGAAUUAAAAUGUUACAUUCAAAUUCGAAUAUUACAUUUAUUAAACACAGUUAUAAACUAGAAAUACUAUUUCGAAAUCGAAUGUGACAUUCGAAUUCGAAUGAAGCAUUCUAAUUCGAAUAUUACAUUUAUUAAACACAGUUGCAGACUAGAAAUACUAUUUCGAAUUCAAAUGUUACAUUUGAAUUUGAAUGUUACAUUCAAAUUUGAAUGUUAUAUUUAAAUUCGAAUAUUACAUUUCAAAAUUGAAUGUGAUAUAAAAUACAUAACUAAACAUUCUAUUAUUCAAACGAAUAUUUUCGAAUUUUAUUGAAAAAUGCAAAAACGAAAAAUAGAAUGUUAGAAUGUUAUAUAAACACUCGAAAUUUGAUUAGAACAACGAAUGUAUCAAAAUUCAUUUUAAAUUUCUAAUUUUUAGAAACAUUCGCCCAUCCCUAAUUGGUAGUAAGUGGCAUACAAUGAGGAUAUUGAAACCGCAAAAAAUAUAUUGUAUGAUUAAUUAUUCUAGCUUCAAAGCAACGUGAUGCAUAGUCAUUAACUUUGUACAUUAUUGUGUAUGAAAUAAAAAUGCCACUUAGAAUGGAGCUUUGUCUUUUUUGGGGUCCUUAUAAAAUAUGCCAUUCUGAAUAAAAUGUUAUUGUGCGUUA